UCAGUUCCUGAAUUAAAAUAUCGAAAAUAAGCGUAAAAUGUAAGAAGCGAGAACACGAGAAAGUGCAUUGAAAAAUACAGAUCACGAAGUUAUUUCUCGUGAUAGCGUCUAAGACAUCGUUACGACUAGUGGAGUCUGAAUUUCAACCGAAUUUAUAAUUAUUGAUGGAAUAUAUUUGUGGCGGCCAUUUUGGAUAAUUUUUUCAGAGUAUUAUAGAAUUCAGAUUUCUUGCGACUGCCACGACUUUUAGUUGAAAUCAAUUUGUGCCCAGUAUUAAAUAUUUCUGUUACGAGCCACCCGAUAACAAGAUAUCGUUCAGUGCAACGUAAGAAAACAACAGUUAUUUUUAGAACUGCCUUUGUGAAGUAAACAUUAACGCUAUGACCGACAACAACAAACCAAUCUCGUUUUUGGACAUAUUUUGUGCCAUUAGACUGAACGAUUUUAACAAAUUCAAGAACCUCAUUGAAAAAUCGCCAAAUAAAUGGCUCCGAGCUCAAAAACAUGGUUUUGACAUUAUACAACAUAUCUUGCAAAGAAAUAGAAAAGAGAUGUUCCUCUAUUUGUUAAAUUUUCAAGACAUGAUGGAUUUGGAAAAGGUCCUGGUCUACAUUCUCACUCACAACAACGACAAUGAAAACGAUUAUUACGCUUGUGAAAUUAUCAAAAAAGGUGUCUUCUUACAUGGAAGGUACAUCGGAGGACGAAAUUUUCUACACUGGUCUGUAGAAAAAAAUUGGAUAAAUAUGACAAGACUGUUGCUGGAUAAAGGAAUGAGUGUCAAUAUCGUCGACAAAAACGGACACACAGUAUUGCAGAAAGUAAUAGAAAGAGGUCGUUCUAGUAACGAUUACGAAUACAUUGUCAUGCUGCUCUUUUAUGGAGCAAACGUUUGUCUUCGAAAUUCAGACGGGUACAACGCUUUUGAACUCGCUGUUACACAGAACCACUCAAAAUCUGUUCAAGAAUCCCUAUUUUAUCGUACGCUUGAUGAAAGAGCCCGCGGUAAAACGCACUUCAAAGUGUUGUUUAAAUUAAUCAAAAGCGGCUCUCCAUUUUCAGCCAAGUAUUUUAGCAUCAUGUUACGCAGUGCAUAAUAGAUUCAUCUUAAACUUAUUAAGUGUUAGAAAUAAUAAUAAUAAUAAACAUUUACUUUAAAAAAAUAUUUGCGGACGCGGUUCCCAUUGUUACUAAUUCACCAUUUGAUUUGAGCAACAAUAAAGCAUAACCAUUUUUCCAUGGUUUUUAUAAACAUCCUUUUACCUUCAGUAACAUCAUACCGUAUCAUUCAUCUCUCUAUAUAAAUUCGAAAAACCGAGAAACUUCACUCAUUCAAAACAUGUUUGCUGCAACUUUAGUACUCUGUGGGGCCUUUUCAGCUGUGGUCACUAGCUCCGAAGUCUUCAGAGCACUAGAUGUCACUAAAUUAGUCCAAGAAUGUGCCCAAGAAACUAAUACUCCUGAAUCUGAAUACAACAAUGCCGAACUACUGUUUUCUCCGCCACCUGAAAAUGUUCUUUGCAUGGCAAAAUGUUUAGCUGAAAAACUGGAAAUCCUUGAUUCCGAUGGGACAAUAAUUGAGGAAAAAGUGUCUGAAAUUAUAGAAGAUUUUCCCGAGGAUUUGCAGACUGCUGUGGUAGAAUGUAAUGAGAAAAUUAAGAAAGUUGGCAGUUGUGGUGACGUGGAAGAGUACCGGAAAUGUAUACAACCUGCUGUGGAAAAAGUGAAGAAGAUGUAUCAUCCAUAAUUUAGUUAAUUUUUGUUUGACCAAGUUGCAACCAAGUUGUACAUAGAAUAUAUUUUGUUAUAUGCUAGUUUUAAAAAAAUAAAAU